AUGCAUCGGCGACGAGAGCGAGCGAGUGCACGGCAUAGCCUGGAGGUUACAGGCCAACUCACCGACGCUGAGCUCGACAACGAAGAAGACGGAGUCAAUGAUGAGGAGGAGGACGAUCCUCUGCGACUUGGUCAAUCCCAUCCUGCCGUCGUCGCUGUCGCCGUCGCUACCGUCGUUGUUGCGUGGAGUAUUCUAGAGAAGAGAAGAAAAGAAGCAAAGAAGAAAAGAAGAAGCGCCGCCAGGGCAGAGCAACGAGAAGAAGCAAGGAAGAAGAAGAAGAAGAAGAAAAGAAGAAGCGAAGAAGAAGCCAAAAGGGAGGAUGAAACGCCGGCCGGAGUCGUCUAUAAGGUCGAGGUCAGGCAGAUCAAACGGGCAGCAGAUCAGGCGAGGCCGGGGCAGAGGAAAAAGGAGGCGGCCAAGCAGGCCAGCGCAGCGGCAGCGUUUCGCAUCGGCGCUACCGCCCUAUAUCAGGGACCCUGA